AUGAAUCAACAAAUCCAAGAGCUUAAGGCUCACAACAAGAUGGUUGAUUCUCAAUUAGCUCAAGUGGCCGAAAAUUCUUCCUUUAACUCUUCUUCUAAACUACCCGGACAACCAAACACAAACCCAUCCCACAACCUCAAACAACCCGACACAUGCAAGGCGAUCACCUUAAGAUCGGGAGCUUCUUAUGAGGGCCCAAAAGGGAGUGAGGAGGUAGAGAAGGAAGGGGAAGAUAAGAAGGGAGAUGAGGAGGUAAAUGUUGAGAAAGAAGUUGGAGACAAGAAGUCCAAGGGUAAGGACCCCAUUGACACUAGCAAGUAUGAUAAUCCGGUAACUUAUCUCGGGAGGGUUGCGGAGCGAAGGUUGAAUGACAAAUUUGCAAUGUUUCUUGAUGUGAUGAAAGGGUUACACAUCAACCUACCUUUCCUUGAAGUGGUGACACAAAUGCCAUCUUAUGCGAAGUUCCUCAAAGAUAUCCUAUCGAACAAAAGGAAGCUCAAGGAUGAAUUUAUUACACUUCCACAUCAAGUGAGUGCGCUUGUUCAACAUAAGAUGCCAAAGAAGCAAAGAGACCCCGGAAGUUUCACAUUGCCGGUCAAGAUUGGCAACUUGGGGCCCAAAGGAUCUCUAGCCGACCUUGGGGCUAGUGUUAGCCUAAUGCCGUUGUCCAUUGCUCAAUAA